UGAUUACGUCACUCACCUGUGUCCUGUUUCCAUUAGCAACGCUAGCGCUUUCGGAAAACUAAGUGGCUGAGCUCAGAAAACAAACAAAAUAUUUACAGACGUGAUUAAGUCAGAAGUUAUUGACCCCUCUCAUAGGGGAACAUGGGAAAGAAGAAAAAGAAGAAUAAUGGACGACUGGAGAAUCAGACAUCUUCAGCAGAAGCCUUAUUAACAUUUCAAAUGCAAAUCAAAGAAACUGAAAUACAAGAGUUCCAGCUUCAGGUGCAAGAACUUCUAGAAAAAAACAAACAAUUCAAGGAGAGAAAAGAUGACUUGAAGGAAGAACAACUGACACACUUUAAAACUUUGCUGAAGGAAGUAAAGGAAAAGGAGAUGGAAUUAGAACAAAGCAAAGUAGUAAACAGAGAGCAAGUGGAACAUGCCACAAAGGAACAAUGGGAAAUCUCUAAAAGAAACGAGCAGCAACUUCAAGAAAUGCAAACACAUUUGAAGGACUUGGAGCAUAAUAUAUGUGCUUUGGAAGAAGAGAAAAAAUAUUGGGUGGAAUACAGAGAUUUUGGCUGCAAAACAAACAGUAAGCGUAUCCAACAUCUAGAGCAGGAGCUCAGUCAGAUGCAAGAAGACUUUCACAAAAUAUCAGACUACAUGCAGCGCAGUCUGGAGGUGAAAGUUGAUGGAAUAAACAAGCAAAUGGAAAAAUGCAUCAGUGAAAAAAGCAGCUUGCUACAAAGAAGGCAAUUAGCAGGCUUGACAAGCAAAGUCAACAAGAAAUCAGAGAAAAUGAAUGGCUAAAAAACGAGGUAGCAAUUUAUAGAAAGGAGGUAGCUGAAUUAGAAGCCAGCGUUCAAAUGAAUGAGGAACAAAAUGUGGAGCACAUAAAUCAGCUGUUUCAACAUCGCCUGGAUGACCUUCAGCUCUCCCGCAAGGUGUUCCUCACCGAAUCGGAAGGCCUGGAUGAAAACGAGGUUUUGCUCACUGACAAGUUUAAGCUGAAAGAGGUUUCUCAUUACACAGGAAACUCCCCUUUUAGUCAGGAAGACGUCUUGUCAGUAAAGGGAAGAACUGGCCAUUCAGCACACAGCUUCACAGUGGACACAGGCACAGCGUCCAGCUGCAGUGACUCAACAGGCCACCGUAGGGGGUCAAGCUCAUCAAAU